CUUGCACCAAUCAACCCCCCCGUAGUCGUCGUCGCCGCCGCCGCAAAUCACCACCUUUAAAGUAUUUUCUAAUUUAUUCAUUCGAAAUAGCCCUUUCGGACUGCUUAAUUGUGUUUAUUACACGAUGAAUACUAGAAUUAUCGUCGUGUUCUAAUUAUGUUGUUUUAAUAUUAUUUUAGCAUUCAAGAAGUAAUUAAUCGGGACAUUUUGAAGCUUUGAUCGAGGAAGACUCUAUAUUCAGUUUCCUACGAAGCCAUGGCUCGUUUUAGGAAUAAGAAUAAAAAGGCAAUUGUGAAGCCAAUUGGGAAGAAGAAGCAGCCUAGCGUGGAUCACAUCACAGGGGAUAAGAUCCCAAAGAGUUUUGUGUUUUCCCGAGGGAAAUUGCCUGGUCCUCUCAAGCAGCUUGAGUUGGACUUAAGAAAGUUGAUGCUUCCAUAUACUGCUCUCAAGCUUAAGGAGAAAAAACGGAAUAAUCUCAAGGACUUCUUGAAUGUUGCAGGGCCGAUGGGUGUUACACAUUUUCUCAUAUUGUCAAAGACUGAAACUGCUCCCUACUUGAGGGUAGCAAGAACUCCGCAGGGCCCUACUCUUACGUUCAAAAUUCAUGAGUACUCAUUAGCUGUUGAUGUUGCUCAAUCUCAAUCGCGUCCUAGAUGUCCUCAAGACCUUUUCAAAAAUCCUCCACUGAUUGUUCUUUCUGGUUUUGGAACUGGAGAUCAACAUUUAAAGCUUACGACUAUUAUGUUUCAGAACAUCUUUCCAGCCAUUGAUAUUAACACUGUCAAGCUUUCUACUUGCCAGAGAAUUGUGUUGCUAAAUUACAAUAAAGAGACAAAGCUUAUUGACUUUAGACAUUAUUCAAUCAGACUGCAGCCUGUCGGUGUUUCGCGUAGACUUAGAAAAUUUGUUCAGAACCAUCAAGUCCCUGAUCUAAGGAGUCUUCAGGAUGUGAGUGAUUUUGUCACUAAGGCCAGUUAUGGAUCAGAAAGUGAGGCUGAUGAUGAGGCGGCAACAGUGACUCUGGCUAGCAAUCUAGGCAGAGUGAAUCGGGCUUCUACAAAAAGUGCUGUCAAGCUUCAGGAGAUUGGACCCAGAAUGACCUUGCAACUCAUGAAGAUCGAGGAAGGAUUAUGUUCUGGUGGAGUCAUCUUUAGCGAAUAUGGACCAGUUGGCGACAAGAAAAAGCGGGAAAAUAAGAAGCCAGAAGAUCAAGAAGAUAGUGAAGAAAGUGAGGAUGAGGACAACUGCAAGGAAGAGGAAAAUUAGUUGCAUUAUAAAUUGAGAGUUCCUUACUUUUUUGGUUACAUGAAAACACUUUUGAUAGUCACUAUAGAGUUGGUGUUACAUAAGAUGAAAGGUACCAAUAUGAAGAGAUAGUUAUCAAGAAGUUUGGGCAAGCUUUAGUGACCCCAUAAAUUUUGUGUUUUUCUUUAAGGGAUUUAGUUGGUUGCCUAUCUGAAGAAGAAUCAUGUCAAGGAUUUUGGCUUCACUAGCAUUAGUACUCCCCAUACUUUUUUGUUUUUGUUUUAUCAUUGCAAAAGAUAAGAUUUUUCAGGUUCAUAGAAUGUAAUGUUAGUACUGUGUGUAUAGUUUCUUGAAAAGACUCGUGAGUAAUUAUCCA